UUUCGUUCGAUAUUCGAUAUAUGUCAAAAUAGCCCACAUAUUAAACCAAGAAACAUAAAUUAGUGAGAUAUAUUUUUUUUAAAACCCACACAAUUAUGUCAUUGGGAUAUAAUCACAGAAGUUUCAGAACCGCACAGACGAUUUAUUUUUAAAAGAUAAACCGGAUAUGAUUGCCUUCCUCCCAGGGUUCUACUUGACCACGCGAGGGGCCAGUUUGUGUGACGUAGUCACCGGCGGCGAGUUGUCCCAAAUCCUUCCACAUUCAGACGUUUUCUCGAAACUAUGAAGAGAAUGCAGUCUUCAAGGAGUGAGAGUGACUGGCAAGGACUGGUGAGCGAGUUCCUGGUGUGUAAGCGCAAGCUGGAGAGCAAAAAAGAGGCCCUGCUCAUUCUGUCCAAGGAGCUGGACACGUGUCAGCAGGAACGAGACCAGUACCAGCUGAUGGCCAACCAGCUCCGAGAGCGCCAUCAAGGGCUUAAGAACAAGUACAGGGACAUCAUUGACGGCGACCCGUCUUUACUGCCGGAGAAACGCAAUCAGGUGAACCCCGCCCAGCUGCUGCGAGACUCUAAGGAGCGCGCGAGGCAGCUCGGCGAGGAGGUCAAGGAGCUGAAUCAGCGGCUUCUGGAGGCUCAGGGCGACAACAAGCUCCUGCGAAUGACGAUCACUCGACAAAGGCUGGGCGACGACGAGGUUGGCGCGCGCCACUUCGCCGCGCACGAACGUGAAGAUCUGGUCCGACGGCUGGAGAGGGCCGCCCAUCAGAUGGAAGAGAUGGAGCACAACGCAAAGGCCCUGGCGGACGAGCUGCACGACGUGAAGGCGGAGCGCGGCGUGUACCGCGACAAGGCCGAGCGACUCAAUGUGGAGCUCAACCACGUCCUGGGAAACCGGGACUCGCGCAUCGUGGACGUGGAUGCGCUCUGCAUGGAAAACCGUUAUUUGCACGAGCGGUUCAAACAGCUGCAAGCGGAGGUGAACCUGCUGAAAUCCAACAUCAUGAAGUACAAGAAUGCGCUGGAGAGGAGGAAAAACUCCAGUGGUUACCAGAAGGCACACAGCACUCCGAUCAAGGGGGUCCUCUCUGCCGAGCGAGUGGAGGAGAUGCUCCUGGAAGAGCACGGCUGCAGCCUCCCGGCCACGCCGCAGUCCAUUUCGGACCUCAAGUCGCUGGCCACGGCGCUGCUGGAGACCGUCCACGAGAAGAAUCUCGUCAUCCAGCACCAGCGGCACACCAACAGAAUCCUCGGGAACAGAGUUGCCGACUUGGAAAGGAAGCUGAAGACGUUGGAGGUUGCUGGUUUUUGGAGUCUUCCAGGUCUGACCUACCGCGUUUCCGUGGGAAUUGGGAGAACUCGGGACGAGGCGACAUCCAACGAGGGCCACCCGCCGGGGCUUUAUCCGAUGCAGGCGGAGUCUCGGCAGCCCCGUCUCCCCGCAGUGUUAUCACACGACACAAGUUUCCGUGAAUCACUGUGGGAGUGCCACACGGCUAGUAGCGACCUUGGCACAGAUGGCGCGCCACAGCCGGCGGCGGCGGUGCAGACGAACGGGAUUGACGGCAGAGGAGGAGACCCGGCGACCUCGGCGGAGGAACAUGGACAGAGUCCCGUGGAGGAGGCGGGACGGGAGGCCGAAGAGGAAGACCCGGCGGCGACCGUGGAAGAGGGCGAGGAGGCGGCAGUAGCGCUGGACGCCUCGCCCGGCCGGUCGCGACUUUCCUGGCAGGACCGCAACUCAAAGGAUGCACUGGGAUACCGCUUUGAAUUGGACUUGCCGAACAUGUGCCAAGGGGACAUCCGAUUUUGUCAUCACGUGGCGUGAUGUCGUAGUUCAGAUCCUCCGAGAUUAGCUGUGAAAAUAAAUAGCAGUGACGACUCUGCGUAACGUCCGCUAACAACCCGGGCUAAGCUUAGCUCCUCCCCAACAUAGAAAGAUGUUAAAUAUGGAUGUGUCACUUCAAUGUCUUGACACUUUGUUAUUAUCCAGUGCCUUGGCGCCAUCUUGUGGGAUUUUAGGUCGUUCUAGAAAGGUGACAAAAAAAAUGCCCGAAUGGGAGAGUUUUUCAGCAAAUGACAGAGUAAAGUCCCC